AUGGAUGAAUUGAUUGUCUCCCCAUCCUCAUUCUCUUCGAUUUCAUCGCUGUCCCAAGAAAAGCCACCAACUCUUCAGCAAAGGCUUCAAUUCAUAGUUCAAAGCCAGCAAGAGUGGUGGGCAUAUUCCAUUUUCUGGCAAAAAUCAAACGAUGACAAUGGACGUUUCAUCUUAGCUUGGGGAGAUGGCCAUUUUCAAGGAACCAAAAACUCUCUCCCCAAAGAUGGCAACAAAACCACAUCCGAGUUUCAGACAGAGAGAAGGAAGGUGAUGAGAGGACUUCAAGCUCUCAUCGGUGAGAACCCCGACAUAGAUGGUUCGUUUGAUAGCGAUGUCACCGACGCUGAAUGGUUCUACAUGAUGUCGUUAACGCGAUCAUUCUCCGCAGGCGACGGAGUUCCCAGCAGGGCUUUUAGUUCAGGUUCUUUAGUUUGGUUAGCUGGGGGCGAUCAACUUCAGUUUUACAACUGUGAAAGAGCCAAAGAAGCUCAGAUCCAUGGUUUCGAGACUUUGGUUUGUAUUCCAACUUCGUGUGGAGUGCUUGAAUUGGGCUCCAGUCAUAUGAUCAAAGAAAACUGGAGUUUGUUGCAGCAGGCUAAGUCACUGUUUGGAUCAGAUCUCACUGGUUUAAUUCCAAAACCCGGUAGUACUAAUGGGUCCAUGCAGUUUGUUGAAAGAAACAUUUCUUUCGCCGAUGACGGCAUAGUUAGCGGUUUACAAGAACAAAAUACUAACGCCAACAACAAAGAAGCAGCAGCCAAGGCCAUUGCAGGAGCAGUAGUUUCAUGUUAUCUAGACUCUGAGCUUUCGGGUUCAGAUUGUCGAUUUGCUGUAAUUGAGAGUGUGGAGAAGAGAAAACCCAAGAAGAGGGGACGAAAGCCGGAUCUUGGCCAAGACACGCCUUUGAGCCACGUGGAAGCCGAGAGGCAGCGGCGAGAGAAGCUAAACCACCGGUUCUACGCCCUCCGGUCGGUGGUUCCCAACGUGUCAAGGAUGGACAAAGCGUCGUUGCUAUCGGACGCAGUGUCGUACAUCAACGAACUAAAAGCUAAAGUGGAGGAGUUAGAGUCACAACUACCACCGGAAUCAAAGAAAGUGAAGAUGGAAUCGGCGGACACAUUGGACAACCAGAGCACCACCGCUACCACUACCACUACCUCUUCUUCUGUGGAUGAUCAAACAAAGCCACCAAUUUCAUCUGGGGUAGCCGUAGCAGUACCACUUGAACUUGAAGUUAAGGUUGUUGGUAGAGAUGCGAUGAUCAGGGUUCAGUUGGAGAAUGCUAAUUAUCCGUCGGCUAGGUUAAUGAACGCUCUUCGUGAUCUGGAAUUAAAAGUUCAUCAUGCCAGCAUGUCCAGCGUUAAUGACCUAAUGCUUCAAGAUGUUGUCAUAAAGGUUCCUGAUGGAUUACAACAUGAGGAUGAAUUAAAAGCAGCUCUUCUUACAAGAUUAGAGCACUGCACCUAG